AUGCCUCCACCAGCACGACCUAUAACGCGGCUGUUGGUUGCAAAUAGAGGAGAAAUUGCAGUUCGAAUUUUGCAGGCAGCCCGUGAAUUGCCCAACAUCGAAACUUUUGCACUGUAUACAGAAGGCGACCGGUCACAUUGUGACUUGGGAUCGCCUCACCAUGCCUUGACCUUACCGUCUCCGUCAUCCUAUAUGGAUAUCCCCUUAUUGGUACAGCUAGCACGAGAACAUACCAUCGACACGGUGCAUCCUGGGUAUGGUUUCCUGAGCGAAAGCGCAGAAUUUGCGCAGCGCAUGUGGGAAGAGGCUAGGGCCAAAGUCAUUGGUCCCGGUUGGGAGGUCUUAGCGCAGACUGGAGACAAGCUUCAAGCCAAGGAGCUGGCUGAGGCUUGUGGUGUGCCAAUUCUGAAGGCAAUGAAAACUCCAACAAACGAUAUUGACUUGAUAGGCCGAUUUGCUGCUGAGGUUGGGUAUCCUGUCAUGGUAAAGGCUGUAGACGGUGGAGGUGGACGUGGAAUUCGAUUUGUGAAGGGCGCUGACGAGCUGCAGUCUGCAGUUGAUCGGGCUGCCGGAGAGUCCCCGUCUACGAAGGUGUUCGUGGAAAAGGCUGCGGUGGGAAGUUUCCAUCAUGUUGAAGUUCAGGUUAUUGGGGAUGGAACAGGCGAGGUUAGGCAUCUCUGGGAGAGAGAUUGUAGUGUGCAAAGGAGGUUUCAGAAGAUAGUGGAGUAUUCGCCAGCGAUGAUGAAAGACAGAAAGCUAGUUAGCAAGGUCAUUGAGUCGGCACUGAAAAUAGCGAAAAUGAUUAAGUAUUUGUCAUUGGGAACUUUCGAGUUCUUGGUGAGCGAGACGUUAUCGGAGUUCUUCUUUUUGGAGGUAAAUCCCCGCCUCCAAGUCGAACAUACAAUCACAGAAUGCAUAUCGUCAGUGGAUCUUGUGCAAACACAGCUUUUGCUAGCUCAAGGAGUUCCUUUACAACAAAUUGGACUGGGCGAUAUUCAAAACCCAGAGCAACCUCCAAAUGCAUAUUCAAUCCAGCUGAGAUUAUGUGCUGAGGAUCCGAGUGCAAACUUUGCCCUGAGCAUUGGAAAAAUUACCGAAUUUCAUGUGCCAGGAGGCAAUGGCGUCAGAGUGGACACUAAUAUCUCUGGCUUGUCCUCUGUCGUAAUUGGCUCAGAUUUUGACAACAUGAUGGCGAAGAUAAUAGUCACUUCCACCAGUUGGGCUGGUGUAAUUCAAAAGGCGCGCAGAGUACUUGAUGACACAAGGGUAUCAGGGGUUAGGACUAACAUCGAUGUCUUGAAGGGCAUUAUCGCGAACUCCGAAUUCCAGCAGUGGCAAAUUGAUACCCAAUGGUUUGAAGCAAACCUGGAGACUAUCAUCCAGAACGGAAAACAACUUGCGGCAUCUCAGUCGAGUCGCUCAGCGUUGCGUGCCUCUCCCGCCUCUCAACCACUAUCACUUGGGUCUAAUGCCCUCCGAAAGGGAGAUGCUUGGUCUGUAAACCUGGAACCAUUGAACUUGAGCGGGGGAGCCAAUGCGGGACCGCCUCACCAUCUUGUGCUGAGUAAACUGCUUCGCAACGAAUUUCCGACAUCCCUGAGUGCGGAAAUCGAGUAUACGACUCCGGCAACAGCGACGCAGCCCGCAACAACUACUCCAUAUCGAGUGACGUUGUCAAGCACAUUGGCCUCGUCAAGUUCAAUGUCGUCCACUCACAGACGGGGAGAUCCGAACAAUGCCUCCCACAUAACAAUCCCUAUGAGUGGUAAAUUGAUUGAGAUGCUUGUGGAAGAAGGGGACGAGAUCCAGGAGAACACUGUGAUCGCAUUCAUCAAGCAAAUGAAAAUGGAACUUGAGAUUCGAAGUCCGAGGGCAGGGAGAGUUACUUGGGCCCUGGAGCUGGAAAAUGAGGAGGGAGAAGAUGUGCCUGAGGGAAUUUUGCUGGCUGAGGUAGAGGCAAUAGAAGGCCCUGCAGUUGAGAUCAAGGGGAAACUAUAG